AUGCAGCAAGCACGAAAAGUCAUUCUUGGCUUUGGCCUGACGUUAAUCGGCGUCGCAGGUGCACUGGGCAUUUACCUGCCGCGAUACAGCACAAUGGCCCAAAUGGGUCGAGACCGCACAUCUCGAUCCCGUGCACCUGUCGAGGAAAAGGACGAUCAACACCAAGAAGCUGAAUCGUCAAAAGGAGUGCCACCUCCGUUGCGAAACACGGAAAAGAAGCAGGAGUAG